AUCCUGGCAGCAGCGUCCUCACGGCAGUCCGUCCUUCUGUCCCACUGAGCUGUCUCGUUGUCAGUGGCCCCUGGUGGAGCUGUUGCUGCUGGUGUGUGUGUGUGUGUGUGUGUGCGCGCGCUCCGCAGAGAGGCAGUCCGCUACCGGCUCCACGGGAGAUAAGGGACGCUUCCCACCGACACGCGUGAUGCGGACAUGACUGGCCGAGCGCACGGCUCCAACCCGAAGAGCACUGUCACCAAGCUGUUGUUCAUCUCUUCAUCAUGGAGGCUCAGCCCGGUGCAUCGUGGAAGCUCAUCAGCGGCGUGACAAAUACAAUAUGUGAGGGCUGAGAGGUGGUCAUGGAGACUGACAGCUACACCUCAGGCCCGGCCCCCACCGACGGCCCGGAGGGAAUGGGCCUCCUUCAGGAGCAGGGAGGCGGCGGCUUGCCCGGCGGCCUGGACUCCUGGUACACGCCGUACUCUCUGGGUUUCCAGGUGUCGCUCACCUCCCUCCUCAUGCUGGAGCUGGUGUUGGGUUUUAGCAGCAACCUGACUGUGCUGGUGCUCUACUGGUCUCAAUCCAACUUAGUGGACUCUGUGAGCAACAUGGUGACGGUGAAUCUGCACGUGCUGGAUGUGGCGGUGUGCGUGCUGUGUCUGCCCCUCACGCUGGUGGUUGUGCUGCUGCCUCCAGGACCAAACAUGGCCCUGCUCUGCUGCUUCCACGAGGCCGGGGUCACAUUCGCCAGCAUAGCCACAGCCAUCAACAUCCUGGUCAUCAGCUUGGACCGAUACGACAUCUCGGUGAGGCCGGCCAACCGGCUGCUGACGACGCGCAGAGCGACGCUGCUCCUGGCCGCCGUUUGGAUCGCCUCGGUAGCUGUGUUUUUCAUCCCGUUCCUGGAGGCGCAGUGGUCCAGCGGCGGAGGGGCAGAGGAGAGCGGGGAGGUGGCGCCCUCGUCGCUGUCCGCGCGCGGCGUCCGCGCGGCACCGGGGUGGCGUAACCAGACGCUGCUGUGUGUCGGCGGGCAGGGCUACCACACGGGCCUGGCCAUGUACUACCAUCUUGUUCUGCAGGUGCCCAUCUUUUUCACCACAGUGGCAGUCAUGCUCUUCACCUACUCCAGAAUACUCAGGGCUUUGAACAUCCGCAUUGGCGCCCACAUGAAAAAAGGCCAAAGGUCCAGGGGCCCUUCCGGCAAGGGACAGGAGGGGCCCCACGGCGGAAAGCAAAAGAAGAAGGCGGGGCUCGGAAUGAACGAAGGUGGGCAGGUGGGGCCGGAGCGGUGCACCGCAGAUUGUGCCAAAAAGCUCUGCCACCCUCCCCUUAUUGCUUCCCCUACUCCCACGGCCACCUCCCCCCCCGCCCUGUCUUCCGCCCCACUCGUCACCUCCGACGCCGGCGCUGCUACCGCCGUGCCCGCCGCUAUGGGCGUGCAGGCCUCCGUGUCCGCCAUCAUCGCCCUCAGGAGGGCAGUGCGGCGGCACAGGGAUCGGCGGGAGCGCCAGAGGCGGGUCUUCAGGAUGUCUCUCAUCAUCAUCACCACGUUUCUGGGCUGUUGGGCUCCCCUCUCGGUGACCAACAUACUCAUCCUCGGCAUAGGCCCCAGUGACGCCCUGGUCAGCCUACGCCUCUGGUUCUUGGCCCUGUCGUACGGCACCACCGUCUCCCACCCUCUGCUCUACGCCUUCACCCGACAGAAGCUGCGGCGGGCCCUCCGCACCAAGGUCAAGAAGAGGGUGGUGUCGCUGCUCCAAGUGGACCCUUCACCGGGGGGCACGGUCAUACACAACUCCUGGGUGGAGAACCGUAAAACCAGCCGGCAAGUGCGGCUGGAAGCAAGCGAAGGUACCGACCGCUGCCUGGCGGAGGUCAUUUGAGACUGAAACACAUGGGCCCGGCUAGUUAUUACUAGUAAUUAAAAACGGAGUAGAAGUUGUGUUCUAUUAGGAAAUUCACUGGCGCGUGAAGCCAGUGCCAGAAAUAAACACAUCUACACCUUUGGGAGAUGUCUUAAUGAAAGCACCAAGCUGGAGACUCAGCAGCAGCAGCAGCAGCAGGGAGAGCAGGAAGCUGUCGACAUACAGCCACUAUGGAUGGAUGUAAAAUGUGUACAAAAUGUGUAUCACUUUCAGCCAGUCGAAUCUGUUUACACAUGUAUGAAAGAGCCUUUCCAUGCUUACGUAACUGCUCCAAAGAAUGUGUUUUAACCAGCAGAUGAUGUGGACUGCCACCUACUCCAAUGCUCCAAGGCAGCUUUUAAAAACAAAGAAUUGAUAAUCUUUGAUAAAGUAAAACCUCCAAAAACCUCUUUUGAAUGUAUUUGAUAUUGUCGCUGAAAUGGUCCCUUCUGAACUGAAAUGGGGAACAUGGUAGAUAUGUAUACGCAAGAUGCAGUAAUGAUGUGAGGGUAAGGUGUAUAAGUAGUUAUUAAGCAGUUAUAAAGCAGUCAAUGUUAGUGUUUACAACAAACCUCGCAAAGCUCUUUUCCUCCAGAAUUUGUAUCAAAUGGUAUAAUGUCUUGUUGAUGUUUUGGAUAUCCUGAUUGGAGAAGGUAGUUGCAUUGACUGAAGCCAUCGUUUGACCCUUAAGGAGAAAGCACAAAAUAAGAUGAAGAUAUUGAUUACUACUGUUACCUAACUCUCUGCCAGAAAUGUAUGAGUCUUUCUCCUAAAAUGUCUUGCGAAACCUUUAAAUAGAUUUAUUUCUGACUAUUUAUUGUGUAUGUUGAAUGUUUCCUAUAGGUCAGCAGGUUGUGUUGAAUUAGCUAGUCAAUAUAAUGCAGUCUCAUCACCAAAAUUGACUCUUAAAAUAAUCAGUUGAUUGAUAAUCAGUCUCUCUGAAACAUUCUCAACCGAAACAGAAUAGUUAUAGCUUUAAUCAAUAUAGGUUACAUUGUCGGUCUGUUAUGGAUUGUAUAAUGUGGAACUGCCUCCUUUUUGGGGGUUUGGCAUGCUAAAAGCAUGCAUUUUUCUUUUGAAAUAACAUUCAUGUACAUGUUGUAAAUACUAACCCGAUUAAAACGUAUUUCAUGAGAAAUCUACAAUUUCUACUAAGUCUGUAUGUGGUUUUAGAUUUAGAGGAGUGUUUCAUUUGCAGCUGGCUAGUCCAAACAUGUGAUCCCAAGGGUCAACUCAACCUUUAGUGUUGCAGCAACACCAGAGAGUCACUGUCACUGCAGCGAGCACUGACACACUUUGGGCUCUUCAUAAUGGCUUGUGUUUCCUGUUGACUUUGUUCUACCUGAUUGGGUGUUCACAGCUCCGAUGACGUGCUCACAGUGAGGCCUCGUGAUUCUUCUUGCACACGCUAUGCAUUCUUGAAUGUAAACCCAUGAAACAGAUAUAUAUAUAUUGUACGUACACCAAGAAUAUGAAUCUUUAUAGGUUUUCUUCAUGGUAAUGUUAUGAUGUGACCAAAUUAAUAAACAUGAAAUACUGA